UGUUGAGGCGUCAGCUGCUGCCAUCUGUCGAGCUGACGUGGCGUGAGGCGAGAUGACUGAGUGUAAACAUUCCUCAACAUUCACCGAUUUUUAAGCCAACUCGUCAGAAUGAUAUCUUGGAGGACUUUAAUUUUCGUCUGCAACUUAUUGUUCGUCGUUGUAGGUGACGAACACACACAUACGUAUAAGGAUUUAGAAGAAGUAGUACUAUGGAUGAACACAGUGGGCCCCUAUCACAACCGACAAGAGACGUACUCCUAUUUCUCUCUGCCAUUUUGUGUCGGCCCCAAAGAGAAGAUAUCCCAUUACCAUGAGACCUUGGGUGAGGCACUCCAGGGUGUUGAGCUGGAGUUUUCUGGACUGGACAUAGACUUUAAAAAUGCUAUAGCCAAAACUCCAUAUUGUGAAAUUGAGCUAAAUGAGGUUCGGCUGAAGACAUUUGUUUACGCAGUGAAGAACCACUAUUGGUACCAGAUGUAUAUUGAUGAUCUUCCUAUAUGGGGGAUCGUGGGAGAGAUUGAUGAGGCCAAUGAUGUUUACUAUAUCUGGACGCAUAAGAAAUUUGACCUUGGUUACAAUGGAAACCAAAUUGUGGAUGUUAACCUCACAUCUGAAGCUCGCCUGAAACUGGAACUGGGAGCAAAGAUCAAGUUCACUUAUGAGGUCAACUGGAAAAAGUCUAAUAUUAAGUUUGAGGACAGAUUUGACAAAUAUUUGGAUCCAAACUUCUUCCAGCACCGGAUCCAUUGGUUUAGCAUCUUCAAUUCCUUCAUGAUGGUGAUCUUCCUGGUGGGUUUGGUGUCCAUGAUAUUAAUGAGAACUUUGCGUAAGGACUACGCCCGUUAUUCCAAGGAUGAAGAGAUGGAUGAUAUGGAACGUGACCUGGGGGAUGAGUAUGGAUGGAAACAAGUUCAUGGGGAUGUGUUCCGUCCCCCAUCACACCCCAUGCUCUUCUCUGCAUUGGUCGGGUCUGGCUACCAGAUGCUUACUGUCACCUUCCUUGUUAUUCUUCUGGCAAUUGUUGGAGAACUGUAUACAGAGCGAGGUUCUAUGGUGAGCAUUGCGAUUUUCAUAUAUGCUGCCACUUCACCCGUCAAUGGCUAUUUUGGAGGUUCAUUGUAUGCUAGAAUGGGAGGGAAAGUUUGGAUUCGACAGAUGAUGUUGUCAGCUUUACUCUUGCCAACUCUUGUGUGUGGCACAGCAUUCUUCAUUAACUUCAUAGCAAUCUAUUACCAUGCCUCCAGAGCUAUUGCCUUCACCAUCAUGCUCGCUGUGAUCUGUAUCUGUACGUUUGUGAUCCUGCCCCUGACACUGGUAGGCACAGUGUUGGGGCGAAACUUGGCAGGACAACCCAACUACCCGUGUCGUAUCAACGCUGUGCCACGACCCAUUCCUGAGAAGAAGUGGUUCAUGGAGCCUCUUGUCAUCAUACCUCUGGGUGGUAUUCUUCCUUUUGGCUCAAUCUUCAUUGAGAUGUAUUUCAUCUUCACAUCCUUUUGGGCAUACAAGAUCUAUUACGUGUAUGGCUUCAUGUUGCUGGUGUUCCUGAUACUGUUGGUUGUGGUGAUGUGUGUCACCAUCGUGUGUGCUUAUUUCUUGCUCAACGCUGAGGACUACAGAUGGCAGUGGACCAGUUUCUUAGCUGCAGCAUCCACCUCUGGCUAUGUCUAUGUUUAUGCCACCUAUUACUUCUUCUUCAAAACCAAGAUGUAUGGGUUUUUCCAGACUACCUUCUACUUUGGUUAUAUGGCUCUCUUCAGUGCUACUUUGGGCAUCAUGUGUGGCACUAUCGGUUAUGUUGGCACCAGCAAGUUUGUCCGUAAGAUUUACUCAACCGUCAAGAUUGAUUAAAGUCUUGUAAUAUAUAAUUACUGUACUAUUGCUUAAGGACAGAUCAUACUAAGUUGAAAAGUACCGGUACCCAAGUUUCCCUCUAGCUUAGAAGAGAAAUCUGUUUCUCCAGAAAAUGAAAAAUUCUCCAAAGGAAUAAUGAUGACUUAAGUGUCACUUACUGUACGGGAUAACUACUCUAUGAAAGUUCAUCCUGAGGGUCAUUAUAUCAGCACAAAAUGUUGAGAGUGAACAGCUACAUUAAACUUUUGCCAACCUUUAUCAUUAAGAGAGAGAGAGAGAGAGAGAGAGACACUGUUAAUGAUCUCCUGCAGUUAUUACAUGAAACUGUGUUCUUGUGUUUAAUAAACUUUUCUUCCUGUA